AUGCAAAUCCAAAGUCAUAAAGUUCCAAUUAAUACUCGAAAUACACCAUCUAUAACAAAAAAUUUUACAAAAGUUUAUUACUUCUCUUUAAUUAAGUAUCUUCAAUGCAUAUUAAAAAAUCUAAUUAUUAGCUCUUACUUGUACUUUGGACCAAGAAUUCUUUCUGACUCAUGUGAAGAAUUGUGGGAAGGAAAUCUUUGGGCAGAAAUGCCCCUUUUUGGUCAAUCCAAUAUAACAACUUCACGAGGAUCUUUUAAGUCCGGUGACUUCAUUCAAUAUCAUUCACGUGAGAUUUUACAACAUAGUCGAAUUCAGUCAUUUGUUAUCAAAGACAAUUUAAUAAAAGUUCAAAUACAGCGACUACUUCCUUAUAGUAGAAUUCCACAGAAUUUAUAUUCUUCAGAACGUGAACUACAGGCUCAAGAGUGGUUUUUAGUUGAAGAAACAAGCAACUAUAUUAUAAAACCAUCUUUUUUAAUAAAGAAAAUUGAAGUUUGGCUUAAGGAUCAAUUACCUUCUCUAUUCUUUGAUUUAUUUGUAAAUGAAGUUUUAUAUUACUUUAAUGGAUCUUGGAAUAUCAAAGAUAAUUUUUUAAAAUCUACACAUAAUAGGUUACAAUUUUCUCAUCGAUCAGAAGUACGCAAUUAUAUUAUUCAUACUUGGGUACUUUCUGCUAAGGCAGCUAAAGAAGUGUUUUCUUUAACUAUAUGGUAA